CCGGAAGUGUCAGCCUCGUUUCCAUCGCCGCUCAGUCGGAAAUGGCGGACCUCCACCGCCAGCUGCAGGACUACCUGACGCAGGGUAAAGCGAGCCGGCCGGCAGCCGCCGAGCCGCUGCUCGCCUCGAGGACAGCAGAAGAGCCUGCGGCCGGGGCAUGGCUAGGAAGCACGGCUUUGCGAUGGCCGUGGCCACGGAGCCCCGCAGAGCCGCCGCCCGCGGGCUCGCGGUGCAUACCAAACGUGACGCGCGGGCAGCGCCUGGCGGCGGGCGGCCUGUGCCUGCUGCUGGCCGCGCUCUGUUUCGGCCUGGCGGCGCUCUACGCGCCGGUGCUGCUGCUGCGCGCGCGCAAGUUCGCGCUCCUCUGGUCGCUGGGCUCAGUGCUGGCGCUGGCGAGCGCGGCGCUGCUGCGGGGCGGCCCGGCCUGCGGGCGCCUGCUGCGCGGCGAGGAGACGCCUUCGCGGAACGCUCUGUGCUACGCGGCCGCGCUGGGCGCCACGCUCUACGCCGCGCUGGUCCUGCGCAGUACGGUGCUGACGGCGCUCGGCGCUUGCGCACAGGUAGCCGCGCUACUCUAUACGCUGUUGGGCCUCCUGCCCUGGGGCGGCGUGGCGGCGCUACGCCUAGCGCUUGGUCGCCUAAAUCGUGGGGCGGGCCUGACCAGCGCGCUUCCGGUGUGACAGCCCGUGUUAGCCUGCGGAACCAGCCAGGCACCGCCAAAUCCACGACA